GCUGCUUACAUUGCAAUCCUAACAGAGGUACAGUUAUAAUUGGGUUUUUUUUUUGGUAUCCAUCGAAUUCGAAAUCUCUGCUCAAUAAUGAUUUGUCAGCACUCAGCACAUUGUCAGUAUUGCAGCUCGAAACAUGAGUUUAAUUUGUGACAUCCUACCCAUGGCCCCUUUUUUGGACAUGAGGAACCACAGGCGUUCUUACCGCCACCUGAGAAGCCUCAUUGCUGUACUGGAUACUGUCUUUCCGGCGGCGACCCAGGACCCCAAUUUCUUGCACAGAUCCCUUCUCAUUGAGGGAGUGUCGCUGAGGGCUACUCCUUGUGAUCUGCUUGACGAGGCAUUGGGCCUUCAGGUUGAGGGAGCUGUUGUUGUUCGUGAUGCUGAGUUUGGCGACUCUGUUGGACUGCUGGUGCUGACACAUGCUCAUGACACGGAGGUUGCCAUGGCAGCAGGGCCACGCCCAGGAGUAUUUUGUGACUGUAUCAAGGCGAGCGACAGUAGUUACACACGCUUCCAGAUCUUGGAGGCCCUUGACGACAGGGUCAGACGGCAGGCUACAGCCGAGCUCUUCCGGUCACUUGUACCCCCAGAAUACCUUCUCGCGGAUGCAGCCAUGACGUUCCACUUGAGCUGUGUGUUCCUCAGAGGCCCAGACUGCUCCAGCGAGCAUGCAGUGUACAACCUAUGCAAUAUUGGUGCCAGGGUUCUUCUUGCCAAUGGACCAGUCAACGCGGUGAUCCUUGGGCCGGAUCACGAUGUUGCCGUCCUGGUCUACUACGACGCCCAGGGUACAGAGAGAAUCGGCAGAAGGGAACCACAUUUGCGCCAGAGGCAGCUGGGGAUGUACGACUCAUCUCUAUUUCCACUCCCUGCCGGCGCAGCUGCCGAGGAGGCUUCACUGGUGCGGCGCCUGCUGCCACCCUUCGUCACGGCCGCUGAUUACCUGGGACGGGUGAUUCUACUGACGGAGAUCAACACGACGACUUGUGACGCUGAAAAUAUCGCGAGGUUCAUCAUACUCCAAGCAGAGCUACGUCAUGGAUUGGAGGCAGUCAUAGUGCAUAGAGCUCUUGGGGCUGUGUUCGUGGUGCUCCAGAGGCAGUCUGACUCGGAGUUGCUACUACAGGUGCCCCAGGAAGAAUGGUUGGCAGUAUUCAAGAGUCCGGUGGAGCUUCAACUCCUGCAGGCGACGCCCAUGCAGCAGCAGCAGCAGCAGCAGUUGGCUCCAGUGCAGCAGUUUGAUUUGAGCAGAUUGAGCAUUGGACUGAGACAGUGGGUGAACCCCAAAGCAUUUGAGAUCAUGAGGCUUGGGUUCAGAGUGGCAUUGACGGAGUGCCCGGAUCACAACUUCAUGGAGCUGACUCUCGGGCUGAUGAGACUCGCUGCCCUGUCACAGCCUCAUGCACUUCGGCGCAGCUACUUCCCAGACAGAGCAGUGUUGCUUACAGGGACUUGCAUCUACAUGAAGGAAUGGGAUCUGAGGACCGCGCUGAGCAGGUACGGUUCACUGGACGAGUUAGUAUAUCUGAGACCCAGGAGGAUCGCCCUGAUCAUCUUCACGUCUUGGACUGGGGCAACCAGACUGCUACGGGAGCCAGCAGAGACCCGGAGGCGCCGGGGUUUUGGCGACUGCCGACCUGCAGCACCAGAUGCUGGCGUUGCCAGUUCCAUUGCGAACACGGUGUUGCAGGAUCUGCUCUCCUUACAGAGCAGGCUACCGGCUUACUGGUGAUCAUUCAUUCCUGUAGGGAUGCAAAUCCCUCCAGUUCCGUCAAAAAAACUGGUGAUCAUUCAGCCUUCCUUAGCUUGUGAUCCGUUUGAUGCGUAGGGCAGGUAUUCUUUCCUUCAGACUAUGUUUAGGACGAACUGGUUGGUUGGAGAUUCGUCUGAUGCUGCAUCACUGACUGUGACUGGUUGAUUCUUUCUUGCACUUGUGGCCACUGCUGAUUGCUACGUGGAAUUUUUUGGAAAAAGUUUAGCUACGUGGAAUUGGAACCCAUCUUUUUCAUUCUGUCUCAUGCCUGUCGUUCGUGGCUGUUAGCGUGCUGCGUAACCAUUGUCGAGUGGCUCUCCAUGAUAGAUAGUCAGUUGAGUGUAUAUGCUGUACAUUUACAAAACUGAAAACCUCUGAGCAAUA